AUGACCUCCCUUGAAGUUACAUUAUCUUUUGUGGUCACAACUUUCCUCUCAAUCACUCUUUCUCUAGCUCACCCUGGAUCUGGUUUUGGAUGGGGUGGUGGUGGUGGCCCGUUCUCAUUCGGUCUCUUCCCGGAGUUCUAUCAAUUUUCUUGCCCUCAGGCCAAUGACAUUGUCAUGUCUGUGCUAGAAAAGGCCAUUGCAAAGGAGCCCCGGACCGCGGCUUCUCUGCUUCGGCUUCAUUUUCAUGAUUGCUUCGUGCAGGGCUGCGAUGCAUCGGUGUUGUUAGACAAUAAUGCAGCAGUAGCCAGCGAAAAGAAUUCGCUUCCGAACAGGAAUUCCAUAAGAGGAUUUGAAGUGAUUGAUGAAAUCAAGGCUAAGCUGGAAGAAGCUUGUCCUCAGACUGUCUCCUGUGCUGACAUUCUUGCCUUGGCAGCUCGUGGCUCCACUGUAAUAAGUGGAGGACCCAACUGGGAGCUGCCAUUGGGAAGGAGGGACUCGAGGACUGCAAGCCUUACUGGCUCAAACAACAACAUUCCACCGCCUAACUCCACCAUCCAAAACCUCAUCACCUUGUUCAAGCGUCAAGGCCUUGAUGAAGUUGACCUUGUAGCACUCUCAGGAGGGCAUACAAUUGGGGUGGCAAGAUGUGUGACAUUCAAGCAAAGAUUAUAUAACCAGAACGGCAACAACCGGCCCGACGAAACUCUGGAUAAAAUGUACUACAGUGGUCUGAAAUCAGUCUGCCCCAGAUCAGGUGGUGACAACAACAUUUCUCCACUGGAUUUUGGGUCUCCAGCAACAUUUGACAACACCUACUUCAAGCUCAUUUUGUGGGGCAAGGGACUUCUCACUUCUGAUGAAGUGCUUUUGACAGGAAAUGCUGCUGGGAAGACUAGGCAGUUGGUUAAAGCAUAUGCUGAAGAUGAGGUUGCCUUCUUUAACCAGUUUGCUAAAUCCAUGGUUAAGAUGGGGAACAUUAGUCCUCUCACUGGUUUUCAGGGUGAAGUUAGGAAGCAUUGUCGUCGCUUUAACUGAAAUAAAUAAUAAUGUUUACAUGUUAUGGUUCUAUGAUUAGUAACCAAGUAAUUGCUACUCUAUAAUAUAAUGCUUUGGAACAACAGUUCUCUACAUUUGAUGUUACAAAACCAAGUAUUAAUUAAGCAUGAA